UUUUUCAGAAAACAGAAAACAUGGAAAAAGUUGGAAUACCAGAUGAUUUUGCUCCGUGUCUUUUUCGAUGCACUCACUAGCAUAACUAGUGGCAUCUACUUCUUAUCCAGCAUGUUUACGUUAUCUUAUUCUGAAGUGAUCCCAUUCGAUGUAUCCUUUAUGAUUGGUCUCAUUUCAUCAAGCCUUAUAGAAAUGCGAAGCUAUCUCGCGGUUGUUAUAGCAAUCGAGAGAUCAUGUGCAACAAUAUUCCCUAUUCAUUUUUUUUGUUAUAGAAAAAAAUUAUCUAAUAUUCUAAUAGUUGGAUUUAUCAUCUCUACCGGUGUUGCACUUUGUGUGGUUAUGUUCUGGUAUUGCGAGCUGCAACUUCCGCUGAAAGAGGGUUGCACCAAUUUCAAUUGCGCAGCUCCGAAAUGUUAUCAGGAUUAUCAUGUCGUAUCCAAAACUAUUUAUUCCUUUUUAAAUGCGUUGUUCUCUGGAAUACUGUGUAUUAAGUUAGUAUGCUUGUCAUGUGCGCACAGUAAUAUCCAAAAGGAUAUUCGAAGAACCAACCUACUUUCUCUGACUGAUGGAUUAUCGACACUGACAUUUGAACUGUUACCAGCGAUGCUUUUUACCAAAGGGAUCGUGGAUUUUAAUGUAUCCUUCUCUAUGCCUUACUUCGUUGUCAGCAUUUUUACUUUAUACUCUGAAGUAAUAUCCUUUGAUGUUACUUUUCUGGUUGGCCUCGUUUCCAUUAUAAUUAUAGAAAUGAGAAAUUAUCUAGCAGUUAUAAUUGCAAUAGAGCGAGUUUUGGCCACCACUUGCCCUAUUAAAUUUUGGCGAUAUCGAAAACACUUUAUAGCGAAUAUCUCUAUAUUUUGUUUUGUUAUCUUGACAGGCCUUGCAGUUCCAUUUAUGAUGUUUUGGAUUUGCGACUUAAAAUUUCCUAUACCAGUUGGUUGCACCAGUUUUAGUUGUGCUUCUCCGAAAUGUUAUCAGGUAAAUGGCACAUCCGCAAUGACAUUUUCCUCGUCCAACGCGACGUUCUCCGGUAUACUAUGUCUAAAACUGUCUUGCUUAUCAAUAAAGCACACCAAUCUGUCCAAUGAUCUUCGUAGAGCAAACCUGCUAUCGCUGACUGAUGGGUUCUCGUCGAUCGUUUUUGAAUUUAUACCGGCUUUGCUUUUUAAAUGGAAGAUUGUUGAAUUGAAUGGUAUUGGCCCAGUUCUGUGUGUACUACGUCAAAUAGGAAGUGUAGUAGAGAUGACAGUGAUGGCGAAGUUGAUGGAGUGA